AUGUCUUCUCAGAAACGACUUACCCUUUUCGUUGAGGAUGCCUUGUCGAAGGAAGAUGAUAGCGUUCCUUUGCAAACAGUCGCAGCCCAAUGCCAAUCCCCAUCUCAUCCUAGUAAUCAUAUUACUCGCCUUGCUGAAAGUAAGCUACCCAGGACCCGAAGUAGAUAUCCAGUGAAACGACUACCUGGGGAAGUUCGGCUUGUUCCUGUUAUUAGCGGCUCACCCUGGAAUCAUUACGAGAGGAAAUAUCGUUUGGAUGGUGGUUCAUCGUUUGGCAUCAUCAUCCCUCGUGACGGCAAGGGCCGGCAGUCGAUGAUUCGUACAAUUUCUGGUUCCAAUCUAGAUGAGCAGAUCCAGAAUAUUCGACAAUUAUCUCAUGAGAAUAUUGUUAAGAAUAUCGAAAUAUAUAUAUCCUCUGACCAGGACUAUUAUCUCAUAUCCGAGUUUAUGCCAGUUUCUCUCAUGCAUUUAUGCCAAGCACCGAUUUAUCCAACUGAGCCGCAACUCGGUUCGAUACUGCAUCAGGUCCUCAUGGGAGUUGAGUUUCUCCUCACCCACGGUUUAGUCCAUGAGCAGCUAUCUUGUGCCAACGUUCUCAUGGACUUUGAUGGUGAUGUUAAAAUAUGUGACAUUGAACAUUGUAGCUCAUCGGGUAAAGUCGCAAAACUUAGAGACUCAUUUAGCAGAAUGGUGAUGAGACUGAUGGAUAAGAAAAAGGAUAAGGAGGCAACGGUCGGAUUGACACAGCCCCAAAACUGGUCGCGUGAUGCCUUUGAGCUAUUCACUAUGACAACUACGAGUCCUAAUAUCAAAGAGCUGCUAGAGCAUAAGUUUAUGGAAAAGAAAGAUAAGCAGAAGCUGAUCUGGCUGGUUCCCGCGAUUUUGAUGACUGCAUAUCACAGGAUAGAAUUUGAUACUAGUACUCAGGGGGCACCUCUUUAA